AUGAAGCACUUUGGGCUUAUAGACAGCUUACAAAACCCCAUUGGAAGGUCUCCUUUCAAUUUGCUAUAUGGGAAGGAUUGCCACUUACCUGUGGAGGUCGAAUACAAGGCUUUAUGGGCAGUAAAGAUGCUGAACUUUGACAUAAAGGCAGCACAAGAAAGGAGGGUAAUGAACUUGUUUGAGUUGGAGGAAAUCAGAAUGAAUGCCUAUGAGAACUCCAGGAUUUACAAGAUGAGAACCAAGGCAGCCCACGACAAACUGAUUCGCCUUAAGGACUUCAAGGUUGGGGACAGUGUGCUCUUGUUUAACUCCAAGUUGAGGUUGUUUCCCGGGAAGUUGAGGUCAAAGUGGUCGGGGCCAUUCAAGAUACAUGAAGUUCUACCCUACGGAUCACUCACUCUGCUCAACCAAGAGGGGAAAGAAUUCACAGUGAAUGGGCAUAGAUGCAAGCCCUACCUAGGAAUGACCCCCACAGAGGAGAUCAUCACUCCUCUUCAAGAUCCAACCCCGCCUAAAAGGUAA